AUGACUUUUUCCCUUUCCUCGCGUACUUUGCCUAAUCUAAACUGCAUUAAGAUUCAUGACUCAUAUUGUGACUUUGCACCUCAGUGUGCAUGUAGCAAAUAUAUAAAUAAGAAAUCGAGCUUGAAAUAUCUAGGAACAAUUAUAGAUGAACUUCUUACUUGGAAAGAUCAUGUUGAGUAUGUUACAACAAAGAUUAGAAAACUUAUUCACAAAUUUUAUGAAUUAAGGGAAAUAUUAGACUUCAGAACUCUUAAAACAGUUUAUUUUGCUUUAACAGAAUCUGUAAUUAAUUAUGGUUUCGUAGUUUGGGGAAAUACAAGUUUAGCAACGUUAUCCAAGUUACAGGUAGCUCAGAAAUGGAUCAUAAAAAUUAUGCUUUUCAAACAGAAACGAUAUUCAUCUGAACUUGUUUUUAGAGACAGUAAAAUACUGAACCUAGAGCAGCUCUAUUUAAAAUCACUUAUAAGAUUUAUGAUGAAAUAUGAUUUCUACAAAGAAUACUUACAGCAUGGCCAAAAUACAAGAACUUGCCAGAGUCACGUUUACUGUAUAGGUCCAAAAGUUUAUAAUGAUGUGCCAAAUAGUAUUAAGAGAUUGAGAUAUUCUACUGUUAAAAAGGAAUUAACAAGAUGGAUUAUUGAUAGUCAAUACGCCAUUAAUUAUGUAAUAUAA